GUUCACAUUGUCCUUAUCCGCUCUGUUCAAGGUGAUUCUAUUUGCUUUCUUUUCGACUGCGAUUAUAUUUACUUGCUGUGGCCUCUUGUAUUUACGAUAUCUGUUGAAAAUUGGAGAUGUGGUUACUUUUGUGCACCAGAUAUUUUGGUCAGGAGCAGGUUUAACAUGGUUUUUCAUAUUCUGCGAUAUUGGCAAUGGGGUAACCGCUCGUUAUGAGGAUGUUUCUGAUGCAUUGUACGAUACAUCGAUUACAUUGUUGAACUUGGGACUAGCAAAACAAUUACCGCUCAUUAUGAAUAAUGCUCAGAGCCCGGUAAAAAUGCGAGCUUUGAUGAACGUCGAAUGUACGCGCGAAACUUUUAAAAAGCUAUGCAACGGCAGCUAUAGCUACUUCACUAUACUGAGCCAAUUCAACCGCUGAGUCGAGUAAAUAAUAUUAAUUUAUCAAUGAUCAUGAACCGACUCGAAACUAUCGAACGGAUCUCAAACUUAAUUGUUAUAUGAAUUUUAAUUCACGCAAAAUGCACGCCGUUCUAUUUCAACUUUUGAACCGUUAUAUGUCACUUCAAAACUGAAUUUGCACCAAAUUUUGAUGGGAAGCACUAGAAGACAAGUGAAAAUGAUAG